AAGUACACUUCAUCCCUAAAUUGUCCUUCAUGCUCAACACAAGAAAGAACAUAUUCUAAACGCAAUUCUGCAAGCAAGAAUCAACUUCCCCUUAUUUUUAAUCAAUAAGCUGCCACUUACACGAUUCCUCUCGCAAUUUCAUCGUUCCUGCACAUUGUUUUGAACCGCUGGUUGUAUAUAUAUUUCUCAAUCGAUAUUAUAUAGAUGAGGAUGUGGAGCAGAUGAGAUAUGGGCAAUAUAUUUGGAUUUCGCAAGAUCAAGGGCACUAAUACAGCAAGAAGAGGUUCAAUUACAAAUAAUUCUGUCUCGCCGCCGUCAUUUCCACCCUCGGGUUUCAAUUUUUUGAACAAGAAUCCAAAUCCCUUUCCUUCUACAGCUAUUACUGAUAAGGGUACAAGCGGCGUGGCUUCUAGCAGCGGGAUGGAUAAGAAGAAAAAGUAUGGAUACAUCCCUGAUAAUUUUACGUCAAUUGACCAGGUCACAGUUGCCUUGAGGGAAUUUGGUCUGGAGUCAUCAAAUCUGAUUCUGGGAAUUGAUUUCACAAAAAGUAAUGAAUGGACAGGCAAAGUUUCAUUCAACAAUCGAAGCUUGCAUGCAGUUGGUGAUACACCUAAUCCUUAUGAAAAAGCUAUAUCCAUUAUCGGAAAGACUCUGGCCCCUUUUGAUGAAGACAAUUUGAUUCCUUGUUUUGGAUUUGGAGAUGCAACUACACAUGAUCGGGAAGUAUUUAGCUUUCACAGCGAUCAUACUUCUUGUCAUGGUUUUGAAGAAGUUUUAGCUUGUUACAAAAGAAUAAUUUCAAAUUUGCGACUAUCUGGGCCAACAUCUUAUGGACCAGUUGUAGAUGCCGCAGUAGACAUAGUGGAGAGAAGUGGUGGACAGUACCAUGUUUUGGUAAUCAUAGCAGAUGGCCAGGUAACAAGAAGUGUCGAUACGAGUGAAAAUGAACUCAGCCCACAAGAAUCAAAAACAAUAGACUCUAUUGUCAAUGCAAGUUUGUAUCCUCUCUCAAUUAUUCUUGUUGGCGUUGGUGAUGGACCCUGGGAAGAUAUGAGAAAUUUUGAUGACAAGAUCCCUGCUCGUGAAUUUGAUAAUUUUCAGUUUGUUAAUUUCACUGCUAUUAUGUCCAAACAAGCAUCACCAUCUCAAAAGGAAGCUUCCUUCGCUCUUGGUGCUCUUAUGGAGAUCCCUAUCCAAUACCAAGCAGCGAAAGAACUUCGUCUACUUGGACAUGUAACAGGUAAAGCAAAGAAAAUCGUUCCUAGGCCUCCACCAGUUCCUUACACUAGCCAGGUAGCACUUCCAUCCCGAGAACCCGGCAAUGCUUCAACUCCUGUGCAAGAUGACCGAACUCAGGUCUGCCCUGUUUGCCUUACCGAAGCGAAAGAUAUGGCCUUCAACUGCGGACACAUGACUUGCAGAGACUGCAGCACGAGAUUGUCCGACUGUCCCAUAUGUCGACAGCGUAUAACCAGUCGCCUCAGGCUGUACACUUGAUGGUCGUUGCUCAAGCAAGAAGCUUUGACCCCAAAGGUUCUUUUCACACAGAUUCAAGUGCCUUGGCUUGUGCAUGCAACUCGUUCUGAUCGCGUUCUGUAAAUUGUAUUUGAUGGUGGCAGCAGCAGCAGUGGUGCUAAGUGUGUUAUUUGAGUAGUGUGCUAGCUGGUAUUGACUACUGUGUUGAGUUGUAGCGAUGUAGUGUUACGUAUAAGUUUUACGUGUAUUAAGGUGUUACGUGUAAAUUAUUCUAUUCUUGUGUAUCUAUCUUGCUCUACUUUUGUUAAUAGAAACUCAAGAAUUUUUAUUUAUUUAUUUAUUUUUGAAAA